AUGUCGAAGCCCGCCACGCGAAUAAGCGUGACUCCCCGUGGGCCUCGAGCACCCGUCAAGCGCUUGGCUACCACUAGAGCUCCGACUCCGACUCCUAUCAAGCGUCCCUCAAUCAGCCGCCCUCAACCUCCACGGCCCACUACACAUCCCAAGACUUCUAGCUGUCCCAACCCAGGUUGUCCUGCUCCCCACAUUGUUGAAGAUGAAGGCCAGAAGGUUUGCUCUGGAUGUGGUACUGUCAUCAGUGAAUCCAAUAUCGUGUCUGAAGUCACCUUUGGUGAGAGCUCUUCCGGAGCUGCUGUCGUUCAGGGUACUUUCGUCGGCGAAGAUCAGACCCAUGUACGCAGCUUUGGUCCCGGCUUCCAGCGAGGUGGCGCAAUGGAGAGCCGAGAGAUGACUGAAGCAAAUGGAAACCGCUAUAUUAGCCAGCUGGCGCGAGCUUUGACCAUUCCAGAGAGUGCUUCAAAGGCUGCUGGUCAGGUAUUCAAGCUCGCAGUCGGAUUGAACUUCAUCCAGGGUCGGCGAACGAAAACUGUGGCUGCAGUGUGUCUCUACAUUGCUUGCCGUCGCCAGGAUGGCAAUACAGUGAUGUUGAUCGACUUCGCCGAUGUUUUGAUGAUCAACGUCUUCAAACUUGGUCGCACCUACAAAGCCCUUCUUGAUGAGCUUCGCCUGGGAGGCAACGUCUUUCUGAUGAAUCCUAUCGACCCCGAGAGCCUCAUCUAUCGAUUCUCAAAGCAAUUGGAGUUCGGACCAGCCACCAUGCAAGUCGCUGGUGAGGCUGUCCGUAUUGUGCAGCGAAUGAACCGUGACUGGAUGACAACUGGUCGAAGACCGGCCGGUGUCUGCGGUGCGGCACUGAUUCUUGCUGCUCGAAUGAAUAAUUUCCGCCGGACCGUUCGUGAGGUUGUCUACGUGGUGAAGGUGACCGAAAUUACCAUUAGCCAGCGUUUAAAUGAGUUUAGCUCAACCGAGAGUGGAGACUUGACCGUUGAUCAAUUCCGCUCCGUACAACUUGAGAAUGCACACGAUCCGCCUUCCUUCACUCGCGCAAGGGAAGGCCGCAAACCCAGCCAUAUCAACCACAAGGCCGCAGAGACCGCAGCAGAAUUGGAAUGGGACACCGAAAGCGAACACGGAUCCGUUCAACCUUCACGAAUCGAUGCUGACGGCUUCGCCAUCCCGAAUCUGCCCAUCGAUCCUGCCCUGACCGAGAAGACACGCCGGCGUUCUUCCAUUGCUAAAGCAGUGAACGAUGUUAUCGAGGACACAGAAAACGAACAGGUCGGGUCUAAGGGCAAGGGCAAGCGGAAGCGCGAGCCUCUUCCACCGCCGUCUGAGGAGCAGGUCGCAGCAGAAGAUGCCCUGGAGGACGAGAUGCGGACCAUGCUUGCCAAAGGUUCCAAUAUGAUUGAGAGCAUGGUCGAACCCGAGCAGCAGAAGCCCAUUCCCGACGAUGCCGAAAUUGCCGAAAGCGAGUUCGAGGACGAUCCCGAGGUCAAGCACUGCCUCUUGACGCCGGCUGAGGUUGAGUUCAAGGAGACCAUCUGGGUAUCCGAGAACAAAGACCUCGGAAGCGUUCGCAAGGGCCGGAUGGGCGAUGUCUCCUACCUCGAUGGUGAGGGCGAGGGUGAAGAUGGCCGCAGCUCUCGCGCAGCGACCCCGGCUGAGGCGACCCGACGAAUGCUUGAGCGACGUGGAUUCAGUAAGAAAAUCAAUUACAAUGCUCUUAAUGAUCUCUUCGACGGAAAGAAGACAGAGGAUCACCCCAAGGCCGAGAGUCUGAGCCGAAGCCAGAGUCGGAGCGUCAGUAUUGUCUCCCGCCGUAGCACCAGCCGGGCACCCGAACCCGAAACUCGCCGCUCAGUUCGUCCCUCUCCAGUCAAGGCACGAUCCGGCCGCACUCAGUCUGGUGCACCUCUACCCACUCCACCACCUACGCAGUCUCAGCCCGUCGAGGAAAUCGCUGGCCCUGUUCCUAAAGAGGAUCUUCCGGAUGAAGAGCAGCCCGAUCCGGAUGAUCUGGAAGAUGACGAGGACGAUGAGAUGGAAGAUGACCAUGUCGACGAUGCAUUUGCCGGCAAUUACAGCCGGUAUGAUGAGGACGACUACUAUGGCGGAGACAGUGACGAUGAUGGCUAUUGA